AUGAAGAUCACGGUCGAGAGCGAGGUGCUCGGCGCGAACCUGGCCGUGCUCGGCGCCCGGAACCCCCGCGCGGCCCGCGCAAUCGCGGAGGCCGAGCCGCACCCCGACAUCCGGUGGCACGAGUGCGACGACGGGGCCCUGAGCGCGAAGCUCGGAUCACGCUGGCUCGCGAGCCGGCGACGCCCGCUCGACGAAGCCCGCCGCUUCGCCGAGGGCGUGGAUAUCGAGAACCACGGCUGCGUGUGCGUCUUCGGGUUCGGGCUCGGCCACCACGUCGCGGCGCUGGCGGAGCGCGGGGGGACGGACCUGGUGAUCGUCGUCUUCGAGCCGGACCUGCGGCUCCUGCGCACGGUGCUCGAGCGGGUCGACCUCAGCUCGACGCUCGCGACCGGCAUGGUCGUGCUCGCGACGGACGCGGAGGACGGCGCGACGCUCGGGACAUCGCUCCGCGGCGCGGAGGCGUUCAUCUCCCUGGGCACCGAGUACGCGCACCACCCGCCGAGCGUGGAGCGGCUGGGUGAGGCCUCCAAGGCGUUCACGCGGUCGUUCGUGAAGUGCGUGAGCGCGACGCGGACGCUCAUCUCGACGACGCUCAUGCAGUGCGACGUCACGGCGCGCAACCAGCUGAUGAACGCGGACCGCUACGCGACGUGCGAGGGGAUCGACGCGCUGCGUGACAGCGCGAAGGGGCGGCUCGGCGUCGUCGUCAGCGCGGGGCCCAGUCUGAAGCGAAAUCUCGAUCUGCUGGGCGAGCCGGGCGUCCGCGAGCGGUGCGCCAUCGUCGCGGUGCAGACGGUGCUCAAGCCGAUGCUCGCGAAGGGCAUCAAGCCGCACUUCAUCACGGCGCUGGACUACCACGAGGUGAGCCGCCGGUUCUACGAGGGGCUCACGGCGGAGGACGUCGGGGGCGUGACGCUCAUCGUCGAGCCGAAGGCGAACGCCGCGAUCCUGGAGGCGUGGCCCGGCGCGGUGCGCGUCGUGGGCGACGCGUUCCUCGACCGGACACUGGGGGACAGGCUCGUCGGCGAUCGCGACCGGCUCAAGGCUGGCGCGACGGUCGCGCACCUGGCGUACUACGUCGCGCGCCACCUGGGGUGCGACCCCGUGGCGCUCAUCGGGCAGGACCUCGCGUUCACCGACGGGCAGUACUACGCGAAGGGCGCGUCCAUCCACGAGACGUGGGGGUGCGAGCUCAACCCGUUCAACACGCUCGAGAUGAUGGAGUGGCAGCGCAUCGUCCGCUUCCGCGGGCACCUCCAGAAGCUGGAGGACCACCUGGGCCGCCCCGUCUUCACCGACGAGCAGAUGGCGACGUACCUCGCGCAGUUCGAGACGGACUUCCUCGAGGACACGGAGCGCGGGCUCACGAUCAUCGACGCGACCGAGGGCGGCGUCUGCAAGGCGCACACGGAGAUCCGGACGCUCGCCGAGACGCUCGGAGAGUUCGCUCCAGCGAGCGGCGAGCCGAUCCGCUUCCCCGAGCCGGUCGCCAGCAACGACGAGACAACCCUCUCGAAGGUCCGCGACCGCCUGCGCAAGCUCGCGCGCGAGUGCGAGCGCAUCAGCGCGUACUCGGAACAGACCGUCGAGCUGCUCGAACAGAUGAAGGACCUGGGCGAGGACCGCGACGCCAUCAACGCGCUCGUCGACAAGGUCCACGUUCUGCGGGACAAGGCCCAGCGACCCGAGACCGCGAUGGCGACCGUCCAGCAGCUGAGCCAGACGGCGAUGUUCAAGCGAUUCCGCGCCGACCGCCGCCUGCGCCUCGCGGAGGGCCUGAGCGAGCUCGAAGAGCACGCCCGGCGCGUCGAGCGCGACAUCGCCAACGUCGGCUGGAUCGGCGAGGUCGGCGAGUACGUCGCGAUGCUCCUCGAGACCGCGGCCGAGGCGACCCGUGGCGGCCCCAGGCUCACCCGCGACCUCCCGCUCGAUGAGAAGGCCGGCGUCCUCCGCGAGCGUCGAGGGACGCUCCCGGCCGUGAUCUUCGCGCCGGUGCGCGUGGGUGUGCUCGGCACGACGCGUGACUCCGCCUUGGAGGCGCUGCGCCGGACGAUCGAACGGCUCGCCACGUGCGAACGCGUCUCGGGCAUCGCGGUGCUCACGGACGACGCCGAGCGGGCGCGGGAGACCAUCGGGAACGAUCCGGGCGUCACGCUCGUGCCGAUCGAGAGCCUCGAGAUCCCCCGCGGCCUGCGCAGCUCGCGGCUUUUUGCCUCAUCGUGCUGGCGGGGGGGGAUCGGCUCGGUCUCCGCGUUCGACGAGAUCGUCCACCCCGAGCACGCCCUCGCGGCCUUCGAGGCGCUCGGCGCGUCGAACGCGCUGUUCGUCGGCGGCGACUGGGACGAGCUGGACACGGGGCUCUGCGACAGCGUGAUCGCGCGCCACCUCGAGAGCCCCGCCGCGCACGGCUUCGUCUUCACGCCCGCGGACGUCGGGCUCGCGGGCGUCGUGAUUUCGAGAGACCACGCCGGGCGCCUGCUCGAGCUGCGCCAGAGCGGCGAUUCCGGCGGGCUCGUCGGCGCGACACUCGGCUACAACCCGGUGCGCGCGAUGACGGAUCCGGUCACGCGCUCGUGGUGCGUCGGCGUCGACCUCGCGCAGCGUCGGGGCGAGACCCGGCGCACGGCGUUCGGACGCGACCCUUUGCAUCUCACGCUCGAGCUCGUCGGCGAAGGCGGCGCGUCAAUGGACGAAUCGCUCGCCCGCUCGGCGAUCGAUUCACUCGACCCCGCGUCCCGACCCGUCGCGCUGAGCUUCGCGGGCGGCGGCGACCCGAUGGACCACGGGCAGGUCUUCGAUCUCGUCCGCCACGCGAAGUCCCGCGGCAUCGGCGCGGUGCAUGUCCGGACCGACCUGCUCACCGAGCGCGACGAGGAACUGCGCGCGCUGCUGGAAUCCGGCGUGGACGUUGUGAGCGUCGACAUCGGCGCGUCCGAGGAGGAGACGUACCGGCUGCUCCGAGGUCGCGAGAGCUUCGACCGCGUCGUGCACAACACGGAAUGGCUCAUCCACAACCGCACGCGGACGCACGGCGUGCCGGACGUGUGGAUCGUCCCGCGGAUCACGCGGCGCGACGAGGUGUACGCGGAGAUCGAGCGGUUCUACGACGGCUGGCUCUUCGUGGGCGGGCACCCGGUGAUCGACCCGCUCCCCUCGCCGAUUGACGGCGCGCGCAUCGAGCCGCUCGGCAAGCCCGUUCAUGCUGAGAUGCGCGACCGCGAAAUCUCGGUGUUCGUGCGCUACGACGGGGCUGUGCCGAUCAACGAGCGCGACCCGUCGGGCGAGAUCGUCGGCAACUUGCGCACGGAUUCCGUCGCCGAUCUGCACGCGAAGCUGAUCGAUGCGCGGUCGUCCUUCCCCUGCCGCGGCCCCGACGAUGUGGGGGUACCCGGCAAGAACAUGCGCGACGUCGCGGGGCGGCCCUGCGCUACCUGGACGAUCGACUUCGCGCUCGCGAGCGAGCGGACGAACGCCGUGCUCGUCUCAACGGACGACGAAUCCCUCGCGGCGCUCGCCCGGGAGAUGGGGACGGAGACGAUCGACCGGCCCGCUUCGCUCGCGAACUCGACGGCGCGCGUCGACGAUGCGCUCCGCGACGCGGUCGCUCGAUUCGAUCCGGAGGGGCGUUUCUCGGUUGUUGCGCUGCUGUACGCCAACGUGCCCGUGCGGCCCGCUGGCCUGCUCGACCGUGCCGCGGCUCGGUUGUUCGAGACCGGCGCGGAUUCCGUGCAGAGCUACUCGCCGGUCGGCAAGCACCACCCGUGGUGGACGUGCGUCGUCGGCGAGGACGGCGCGGUCCGGCCGUGGCAGGGCGACACGCUCUUCCACAACACGUUCCGCCGCCAGGACCUCCCGCCCGCGCACGUGCCGGACGGCGGGGUGACGGUCGUGCGUCGUUCCGCGCUCUUCGGCCCUUGCGAGGGUCCGCACGAUUUUCUGGGUGCGAAGCGCGCCGGCGUGAUCACGGGCGAGGGCGAGGUGAUCGACAUCGACUCGGAGAUCGAUUUGAUCGGCGAGCGAGAGAUCGGCGUCGGCCUCGUGUACGUCAUCGCGGAGAUCGGCGUGAACCACGACGGAUCCGUCGCCCGCGCGUGCGAGCUCAUCGACGCGUGCGCGGACGCCGGGGCGGACGCGGUGAAGUUCCAGUCGUUUACUGCGCGCGAACUCAUGUCAUCGGCCUGCGAGCUCGCCGGCUACCAGAAGGACGCGGGCGAGUCCGACGCGCUGGCGAUGCUCGAACGCCUGCAGCUCGGCGCGGACGAGCUGGCCGAGUGCGUCGAGCGGGCGCACGAGCGGGAGAUCCACGCCAUCGUCACGCCUUUCACGCUCCACGAUCUCGAGCUGAUGAGGCCUCUCGCGUGGGACGCUUUCAAGACGGCCUCGCCGGACGUGAUCAACCGGCCGCUUCUCGACGCGAUCGCGGGCGACGGGCGGCCGAUGAUCGUGAGCACCGGGGCCGCGACGAUCGACGAGGUCGAGCGGGCCAUCGGCUGGUUGGGCCACGCGCACGACCGGCUCGCGUUCCUGCAAUGCGUCAGUUCGUACCCCGCGGACGGGCCGAACGCGUGCCUCGCGGGCAUCGGAGACAUCGCGCGCCGCACAAGGGGUCCGGUCGGCUACUCCGAUCACACGCCGGACGUGCACACCGGCGCGAUCGCCGUCGGCGCCGGGGCGCUGCUCCUCGAGAAGCACGUCACCCACGACACCUCCGCGACGGGGCCGGAUCACGCGGCCUCGCUCGACCCGGACGAUUUCCGCGAGUACACCCGCCUGGCGCGCGCGGCCGCGGAGAUGAUGAGAUGCGGCAAGGCCGUUCGCGAGAUCGAGGGCGACGUCCGGCGCGUCUCGCGCCAGUCGGUCGUGACGAGCGCCGCCAUCGCGAAGGGCGCGACGAUCACGCGGGACAUGCUCACCAUCAAGCGUCCCGGCACGGGCAUCGAGCCGUGGCGGAUCGAGUCGAUGAUUGGACCUGUCGUGACGGCGCGUCGGAUCGCCAUCGUGACGGGCACGCGGGCGGAGUACGGGCUGCUCCGUACCGUCAUCCGCGCCUGCGACGCGCGGACCGAUCUGGAGACGCAUAUUCUCGCGACCGGGACGCACCUGCUGCCGCCGGCGAUGACCAUCGAGGAGGUCGAGCGGGAGUGCGCCCGCGUGCGGCGCGUGCCCAUGCAGAAAGCGGACGAAUCCGGCCGCCUCGACGACGCGCGGGCGCUCGGGCGCGGGAUCGCGGGUCUGGCGGACGUGAUCGAUUCGAUCGAGCCGGAGGUCCUGCUCGUGCUGGGCGACCGCAUCGAAGCCUUCGCGGGGGCGUCGGCGGCAAGCGUGGGCGGCGUGCUCUGCGCGCACUUGCACGGCGGCGACCGGGCCGAGGGCGUCGCGGACGAGGCGAUGCGCCACGCGAUCACGAAGCUCGCGCACCUGCACCUCCCCGCGACCGAGGGCAGCGCCGAGCGAAUCCGGAAGAUGGGCGAGGACGAGUGGCGCGUCCGCACCGUCGGCUCGCCUGCGAUCGACGGGCUCGACGCCAUCCCCGCGGACGAGACCGGCGAGACGAUCGAUGCCGUCUUCAUGCUCCACCCGAUCGGGCGUGACGACGAGUCCGAGUAUGAGUUCGCCAGGCGCGUGCUCGGAGCGCUCCACGGCCUGCGCGUGCUCUGCAUGGCGCCGAACCGUGACGCCGGGCGCGCCGGGAUCGUCCGCGCGAUCGACGAGGCGUGCGCCGCCAACGAAGCAUUCUCGAAGGCGGAGCACCUCGAGCGCCCGGCGUUCGUCGCGACGCUCAAGCGGCUCGCGCGCGACGGCGGGGCGCUCGUGGGCAACUCCUCGGCCGGGCUCAUCGAGUGCGCGUCGAUCGGGCUGGGCGUCGUCGACCUGGGCGACCGGCAGGCGGGGCGCGAGCGAGCGGGGAACGUGGUGCACGCGGACGGCGCGUCCGGCUCGGUUAUCCGGGACGCGUUCGAUCGUGCCCGGGCGCUGAGCGGGGCGGCGAUCGAGCAUCCCUAUGGGGACGGCCGGACCGGCGAGCGCGUCGCGGAGCUGCUCGCGACGGUCGAUUUCGACGAUCGGCCCUGGCUCCGGAAGCGCAACGCGUACUGA